UUCAAGGUCAGCUACAUCUUCUGCACAUCCCUGCACCAGGCUAACAAAAUGGGAGAUGCAGCAAUGGAAGAGUUUGGGCGCGCUGCCCCGUUCCUGCGGAAAUCAGACAAGGAACGCCUGGAGGCCCAAACUCGCCCCUUUGACAUAAAGAAGGAGUGUUUCGUAGUGGACCCUGAAGUGGAGUAUGUCAAGGGGUCCGUCGUCAGUCGAGAUGGUGACAAAGUCACAGUCGAAACUGAGUAUGGGAAGACUGUUACUGCGAAAGAAGCAGACGUCCACCCCCAGAACCCGCCAAAGUUCGAUAAAAUCGAAGACAUGGCGAUGUUUACCUUCCUUCAUGAACCCGCUCUACAGCUUGAGGGCUCCCUGGAACAGGAAAAGAAGGUUCGUAUGGACCUUGAGAGAGCCAAGAGGAAGCUGGAGGGUGACUUGAAGUUAACCCAGGAAAAUGUAAUGGACCUGGAGAAUGACAAGCAGCAGCUGGAGGAGAGACUGAAGAAGAAAGAUUUUGAGAUUAGUCAAUUAAAUAGUAAAAUUGAAGAUGAGCAGGCAAUGGGUGCUCAGCUCCAGAAGAAACUGAAGGAGCUGCAGGCCCGCAUUGAGGAACUGGAGGAAGAGCUGGAGGCUGAGAGAGCUGCUCGUGCCAAGGUGGAGAAGCAGAGGGCAGACUUGUCCAGGGAGCUGGAGGAGAUCAGUGAGAGGCUGGAGGAGGCAGGUGGAGCCACUGCAGCUCAGAUUGAGAUGAACAAGAAGAGGGAGGCAGAGUUCCAGAAACUGCGCCGAGACCUCGAAGAGGCCACACUGCAGCACGAGGCAACUGCUGCCACUCUGAGAAAGAAGCAUGCUGACAGUGUAGCUGACCUGGGAGAGCAGAUUGACAAUCUGCAGAGAGUGAAGCAGAAGCUUGAGAAAGAGAAGAGUGAGCUCAGGCUGGAGCUGGAUGAUGUGGUCUCCAACAUGGAGCAGAUUGUCAAAGCCAAAACAAAUUUGGAAAAGAUGUGCAGGACAUUAGAAGAUCAAAUGAGUGAAUAUCGAACCAAAUAUGAGGAGGCCCAGCGGGGCAUCAAUGACUUCACCAUGCAAAGAGCCAAGCUCCAGACUGAAAAUGGGGAGCUCGCCAGGCAACUGGAAGAGAAGGACUCCCUGGUCUCUCAGCUGAGCAGAGGAAAACAAUCCUACACCCAGCAGAUUGAGGAUCUCAAAAGACAACUUGAGGAGGAAGUCAAGGCUAAGAACGCUCUGGCCCACGCGGUGCAGUCUGCUCGCCAUGACUCUGACCUGUUGAGGGAGCAGUAUGAGGAGGAACAGGAGGCCAAAGCUGAGCUGCAGCGCAGCCUCUCCAAGGCCAACUCUGAGGUGGCUCAGUGGAGAACGAAAUAUGAGACCGACGCCAUUCAGAGGACUGAGGAACUGGAGGAUGCAAAGUACGGACACUCGCCUUGA